GAUCAUUGGCAAAGAUGACAGAAAAGACUGGCUCGUUGCUGGCGAGUGUUGUGGUUGUAUGCUUAAUUGUCAUUCAUACAGUUUCAGCACUACAAGUUCCAUUCAACCCAAAAGAAAAGAGCGAGAACGCAUACUAUAAUCUUCAACAACAGUCAUCUUCAACGAAAGCAAGACCUCCAUCUCCGGAUACCUUACAGAAAGUCUACCUUUCACAUAGCGGUCUUUAUUUUGGAUCGCCACUAUCACGAGGAGCGCAACCCCAUAUUUCCCUCUUUGUCGAUGUACCUCUUUACAGUUUGGAAGGGAUAAGGAUAUCCGUUUCACAAGCUCAAAAGAGGAAUUGGGAAGAAGUGCAUCUAAAGUGCGGAUCCUAUGAAGGAGGAUCGGUGGAAGAAUGUGAAAGACAGGACAAAGAAGAAGCAGAAAAAUUAGCAAGUGGUGAUAAUGUUGACGAUUCCAAGAGUACUGCUUGCAAGCCAUCUAGCAUAAUUUAUGAACAAUCGCGCAUCUUGCUUGAUGCCCAAUCAUGUCCUCCUUUGGCCUCCAUUCUUUCCAGACAGACCGACACAGCUGCAAAUGCAAGGGAAAACGUAUUGGAGAGUCUCGUUAUCACAUUUGACGUUCAAAGGCUAGUACCUGUCAAGAGGGAAAGACAUCACUAUUGGCUGGGUAGCCUGAGACGUGUGGAAGGACCAGGGCCAGACGGAGGUGCACUUUGGCCACUUGCUGGAACAGCACAUAGCGGAAAUGAUUCUACCCAGAUGAAGUACACAGGUCUUGUGCCAAAUCGUAUCAGUGGAUUGAUGCAAGACCCUUACUUCCCUCGAACUGCUAAACCAGAUUCAUUCGAUCCUCUCAAUGGCGUGGACCUUACAUUUGCAUCUUGGUCUUAUGGUAUCUCCAUUCGUGUUCCUCAUAACGGUGAAACACAAGAAGGCAUGCCUGAAUUCGAGCCUGUUCAUGCGCCCGUUUCAGGACAGGUGAUAUGGAAAGGCGAAUAUACUAUUCAACGUGCGCCUGGUAAUCAUCGAAAUGACGAGGUAGGAUUAGGUGUAAUGAUUCGUGACGAAUGGGGAACAGUAUAUCAAUUGUUGGGACUGUACGAUGAGUCGAUGAAGGUAGAAUUGGGACAAAGUGUGACUGCUGGGCAAGUGGUGGGCGGAGCAUCGAGAACGCCACUCUCACUCGAACCUCCUUGUCGUCACAAACCAGCUGAUCCACCAAAGAUGGACGACGAUAGCCGAAGAUAUCCUUACCGUUGGCGUAGUCUACACAUUAUGGUAGCCAGACCCGAUCCUUCUUGGACAGAAUGGAAAGCACCUUUUGAACGUGGUUGGCAAUAUUUCAAUCCACUUGAUGCUUUCACUUUGGCUGGCCGAACGAGCAGCAUCACUCCUGAUCCGAAUCCAUCGCAAAUGUUCUUUGCUGAUCCAAGUGAAGAUGGCGCUUUGACUCCACCAAACAUUGUUGCUACAAGCAAAGAUUUGAUUCAACCGCCAACUUUGUCAAGCGAAGCAGAGGUGAUUGUCGCUUUUGAUAGCUUUACCGACACACCUGGUGACGAAGGAGAUCAGUUGGAUUUGAUCUCUCUGCAUGCAUUGGACUGGGCAAUCGUUCCUGUAAGCACUUCUUCUGUCGGAGGAUCUGCUGCAAAUCCUCAUGAUAUGUUCAAUUGCGACAAUGUCCCCGCUGACACAAUUUGGAGAAAUUCUUUUGAUCAUACAAAAUUACCCAACGCAUGGACCGUUUCAUUGCCAAAGACUGCCCUGCUAGCCCAUUACGUUCCCGCAUUUACCGUUGGGCGGGUACCUUUGUUCAAGACAAAGUAUGCAUCACAAUUUGAUGAAAAAGGACGAAAGUUGUUCUAUGCUCCUACACGUAUCUUGGUAGGACAAACGGAUGGAAGAGGUGCUUGGGAUACUCGAAAAGAACCAGACGGAAAUGGUUUAUAUCAAGUUUGGGUUCGUGGAAGGGAUUGGUUCGGAAAUUCAGGUUGCAUAGGUGCUAAUAUUCGCAUCAGGAAUGGAGGAUAAAUGUUAAUCUUCCUGGAUUGUAUAUUUUUGCUUUUUAGAUUAUUCACGACCUUAAUGACAUUUUCCGAUUAAUAUUACACAUUAGUAGAAGUAGAAAUGUUGUUACAAAGUAGAAUACAUAAGCGAAACGCCCUAUG